UGAAAAUGGACCUUCCCAAUUUCAAAACAGAAACAUACAUUUAUUUCGCAGUGGGCCUUACCAUCGGAAUCAUUCUGUACAAACUAUUCACCUACAUAAUCACUCCUGGUGAUGACGGAGAAAAUGCCAAGGAUGGGCCCCUAACUGAAGUCCCCAUUCAAAACCUCAAGAUGGUCUUAGUAGUCAGGACUGAUCUCAAGAUGCAAAAAGGGAAAAUUGGAGCCCAAUGUGGUCAUGCCACACUUGGAGCAUACAAGAAAUCACGUAGUAAAAAGUCUAAGUAUUGGCGGAAAUGAUUCAAUACGUGGCAAGCUGAAGCCCAUGCUAAGGUAUGCCUCAAAACAGAUUCUGAAGAAUCCCUCCUUGAGAUUUAUAAACAAGCUAAAAAGAAUCACUUACCUGCCUAUUUAGUAACAGAUGCUGGUAGAACACAGAUUGCUGCUGGCUCUCAUACAGUAGUAGGUAUUGGCCCUGCUCCUUCUGAAUUAAUAGAUCCCAUCACCGGGGAUUUGAAGUUACUUUAA